AACAAAUAAUCACGACAAACACCUACAACUAGCACUUUUUUCCAAAAUCACGUUUGAACUAAGCUACUACCUCCUCCAAAAAGUCACGCACAUUCAACGCGUUGUUCUCAUUCCCGCGCGAUACAGCAACUAUCAGAAGAACCAACGUUGAAUCUCAAAUGGCACGACCAAAAACGAAGAAGGAACAGCGGGGAGUUGAAGAAGAAACAGAAACAACAAAUCCAGAAACCAUUCAACGAAAGAGACUGAAAUCGUUAGCAUUUUCAAACAACAUACUCUCAGAGACACAAGCUACAACCUCCAUUCAACUUAACCCUUCUUCCAUUGUUGCAAAACAUCAUGGCAAAGAUAUUAUCAAGAAAUCUCAGAGGAAGAGUAGUAGAUACCUUUUUUCGUUUCCUGGUUUAUUUGCUCCUAUUUCUGGUGGUAAAAUUGGUGAUCUUAUGGAUUUGGGAACUAAAAACCCUAUUCUCUACCUUGAUUUCCCUCAGGGACGAAUGAAGUUAUUUGGGACUAUCUUGUAUCCACAAAACAAAUACUUGAGUGUGAUGUGUGAGGAUUACUUUGAUAACAUGAUUGUAUUUUCGGAUGCGUGGUGGAUUGGGAGGAAAGAUGAGAAUCCAGAAGAAGUUAAAUUGGAAUUUCCUAAGGAAUUGUAUGAGGGACAAGAAGCUGAAUGUGACUUUAAAGGAGGUGCAGGUGCAGGAGUAGCUUCUGUAGUUAAUCAAGGUGUUCCCAAAACCAAGAUAAAACGUGUAGAGCAAGAAUCGCCAAAGACACCUAUUGAAGAAGAUUUAUCAGACAGUGAAAUUGACUUAAAAGACACGAAGGAAUUGGUUCCAGUUCGCCAAUCAGCGAGAACUGUAAAAAAAUCAUACAAAUUUGCUGAAAUUUCUUCUGGCGAUGAUACUGGUAAAAGCAGCCCUGAACUUUCUGAACACGAAGAAAAAGCAGUAGAAGUUGAUACUGAUGUAAAUGUUCAUAAUAGUUCAAAGAAAGAAACUGUAGUUAUUGACAUUGACUAUGAGGACGGUGCUCCAAAAGAUCAACUUCCCAUGGAGAAUAAAGAAUCUGCUUCAGGGUCUAAAUCUAAAAAAGGUUCACUUGUUCAAGCUACUAUAUCCUCAUUAUUCAAGAAAGUGGAAGAAAAGGCUUCAAGCUCUUCAAGGAAAUCUUCAUCGGCAAAAGCCUCUGGCCAGAAGUUGCAGCCUGCUGGUUCGAAAAGAAAGAUUGUCGUGGAUGAAGGAUCCAGGAAAAGGACAAGAACGAUUAAGGACAAAGAUCCUGGUGAAAAAAUCAAGGCGAAAAGCAAGGAAAGUGAGGUUGAAGAUGAUGAUGAUGACAUUGAAGAAUUUUCAAAUGCUUCAGAGGAUUCUAAUGGAAGUGACGAAGACUGGACUGCUUGAGAAUGUGAUCCGAGUUGGAGCUACUAAGCACAGAGAUGAUAAGCGGCUAGGUCAUAUUAGUGUGAAGAGUGACCCUUUGACUGGUUUCAUGAACCGGAUGACUAAAUCCUAAACCCUAAAUCCUAGAUGAAUUGUGAUGACGGUGGUGUAGAUGAACCAUGAUGACUAAGCUUUGCGUGCACAUAACCUUGGUUUCAUGGUGGGGAAAGAAUGAAAUUUGUUCAGUGAUUACCAAAAUCAAUAUUUAAAGUUAUUGAUGAUGGUUCAGUUGAUUUAAUAAUAUACUCUCAAUUAUCUUGUGAAGAAUCACAUCCACACUAAAGAAGCAUGCUUUCAAGGACAUGAAAAAAGGUUUGAUUAAUAUUAAAAUGUUCUCGCACUUUGAUAAAACAAAUGAACUAGCUUCCUUGGUUGUUUUAAGACUUGAGGCAGAAAUCAAAUGGUUUAAAAUUGAUGUUCGACAAUCCAAAAGCAUUUAGAUGA